CUUAAGACGCCGACGGGAAUGGCGCAGCCAACGGCCGUAAGGAUAUCCUCCGACCGUUUCAAAAGCCGCCGUUGGCGUAAGUAUGGAGGGAGCUACGCCUCUGUGGGGAUAAUCAGCACUCUAAUCUGGACGAUGAAGAUCAACUGGACGUUACUGAAGAUGCUCUUCGUUGGCUGAGUCUGACGGACACGAGCAGCGUUGGCGAACCAGAUCUCUUAUCUGGCCCAUUCCUAACAGGCGACCUUCUUAGGGGCCAUCACCGCCACACGCAGAUGCCAAUCAUUGUUGGUAAGGUCGAUAUCGUGGGUCAAUGAUGACUUGGAGAGAAUAGUGCCUCACAAGGCGUUCUUUUUCGAUUUUGUUUUCCCAGCUUAUGGCUCACUGAUUACUUUGUCUUGGGUGGACCUCAACGUACGAGACCACAACAGAGGCCCGAAAAUGCGGCCAAGUGCCUGCGAAGCCCCUCCCCCCGCCCCCGUCCGUUCCACGGCGAUUCCGGACACCGGUUGAAUUGGACUUGUACACCGACCUGGAAGCAUCCAAGAUCUCCCAGCGUAGUCCAGCCAGUUACAGUGUUCAUCGAUGACUCCAGAAAUCAUAUCCCAGGCCCUUUGAGUCGACCGAUUCGUCGCUUCCCUGACGUGACCCCUACCCUACACUCCAACAAUUCGAUUACAGUCUCGGAGCUGACCUCUUACAUGGUGCAGGGUGGUGUUCACUCUGCCACAAAGCCUCUGCUCCUUCGCAGCUCCCAGAAUACCCGAAGCCGCAGUCGCACCGCUCCAACUUCGCGAUGCGCGAUGCGCCUAAUUCCAGAGACACAGGCAAACAAACGGCUCCACGCCCGCGCAUUAUUUCUAUCCUUGUAUCUUACCGCUCGUUGGGAUUUUCCCAACGUGGGAAAAUGGAGUGGCGGAGUGCCAGAUCCAUGCCGGAGGCUGUGAAGCUCUGCAAGGAACGAACGGCCAAGCUGCCAACAGACCAACGGCCCCCCCAGCAGCUGGACACCCCGCGAAAAACAAAGUGUAUUCGUCUGCUAACCAACAGCAGACGAUCAAAUGGACUAUUCUUUACGCGCGACAACUAACCAAGCGCAGCCGUCCACACGAAUCCCUUCCUUCGACCCCUCCGUCGCUUGUGCAUCCACUCAAACCCCCGGCCCUCCCUCUACGAUCGAGAACAGAAGCAAGAAACGCUUCACAAUCUACGGUUGCUCCCGGCCGCCACUCCCGCCUACCACGGUGGCGCUGGGCCCGAAUACCUUUCUGCUGUUCAUUGACGUCAACAACGUUGAACGACCUGUCGUCCCGCUCCGCCCGUAACACCCGUCCGGUCCCAGCGAUGAUAACUCGACACCCUAAUUUUGUCUUUGACUGCGAAUGACCCACGGAGGCCCCAACGCACGAUGGGUCUCAACCUGACCUCUCCACGCGCUGUUGAGGCCAUUCUCCUUCUGUCCCCUGGAACGGAUGGCGAAGUGGACGAAGGUGUGCCUCGAAACCGAAGCCCCAUAUCCAUCACACGUCUGAAAUCCGUUGGACAAGGAACCUACCUCGCCCCCGAGGGGAGACCUGAGGGGUGGGAUGACAGAGAAUGCCUCGCCCAGACCCCAUCGAUCCAAUACCAGGCCGCCCUCCCGUUCCUCCACGAUGAUACAAGCGACAAUGAGAACCACCGGGUCGAGAUACUUCUCGAACUCGUACAAUUACACGACCCGCAGGGACGAAGAGCCAUGCCCUUCCUUGGCCUGUUGAUCCACGCCCCGAGCCAGCCGUCACCGCCCCUACCGUUCUCGAAGAGGAACAAUACAUACUCGAACCUACAAGAUGGCAGUCUUGCCCACCCGGUCGUUACAACAACGACCCGCAGCUGUCUUGCAGACAGGAGAAGAAAUACUGGUCGUUGCUGCAUCACUUCGUUGCCUUCCCUCUGUCCUCAUAACUGGCCCUCUCGAGAUGGAAAUAAUCUAAAAAGGUUUUGAA